UCAUUUUUCACUGAAUUCCUGCGUGGUGGCGUAGUGGCGGCGUAGUGGCCUCGGGUGUCGAGCCGGAAUGUUCUAGGGUUCUAAUCCCUUUCUUCUUCUUCUUCUUCAAAGUAGUUUUAUGCACGCAGCCGCUGCUCUUCUUCUUCCCCUACUUUAAAUACAUAUUGCAUACACUAAAGUCGAGUUUCAGAACGAUGAGAAGUCCAGUGUCAAAGAAACCCUGGAAGAGAAGCUAUGAUCGUGUUGACGACGAUGAUAACCGCCGCCGUCCGAAAUUUCAGCCCUCUUUCAAGCGGCGGCGGAGUGUUGAAAGAUUCGAAAAGUUUCGUGACCGUCAUGCAUCUAAUUCUGGAAUCCGUGAGAGGAGUUCCGGUGGGCGUUUUACUGAUAAUGCAAGGACUUACAAGCGAGUUUCACCCUUGAAGCAUUUGAAUUAUGGGUCCAGGAGGAGAGAGUUUAGUGAUGGUGAUGGGAGAUUGGAUUCCAAGGAGAAACCUAAUGAUGCUGAUUUGGGUGAAUUGAAAACCUCAUCUCCCAGCAUUCCCCGGGAAAUGUCUCAGUCGUAUUCGUGGGAAAGGCGACCUUCAGAUGGCCGGGGAAAGGAUUCCUUUUCCCGGGAUCAUUCUUUCGAAAAUGAAGAACAGAUUAAGAGGGAGAAUGUUCUCAGAAGUCCUGCAAAUCAUAAGGGUGAUUGGAGAUUGGGUGUCAAGGCUAAAUCAAAUGAUGGUGCUGUUUCUGGUAUAUUGAAAAGUUCGUCUCAGCUGUCUGUGUUGCCUUCACGGGAAAGGCGACCUUCAAAAGGCGGGAAGAAGGUUUCCUUUCACCAGGAAACUUCUUUGCAGGAUGUGGUCAGUCAGAAGGUGCUGAAGAACACAUCAGAGGAGAAUUCUUCCAAAUGUCAGAGAGAAAAUGGUGAUCUCAGAAGACACCAAGAUGAUGAGAAAAUGGUAAGGAGUUUUGAAGAAAACCGAAAAUGUAAGAUUGCUGAGCAGCUAAGCACACAAGUCAAAGAUUGUGAAGCAAUUCCAGGAAACUGUGGGCACCAAGAACAAGUGGCAUUUCAACAUUUGUUCAAUGAAAAAAUCAUAGUAGUGAAUACACAAGCAGCCGAGGCCAGGGCAGAACAGCCUUAUAACAACGAUGAGCAACGUUGCUUCUAUUAUGUUGCUGAUGAUGAUCGUAUUCAGAAAUUGAAACAAUUGAAGAAUGAUUGCAUAGUUCUUGUUUCUGAUAGAUACCAUGUACAUGAUUCUCGGAGAAGAGUAAUGCGGGCUCUAGAUCUCUUCAAAGAUGUCUACGCAGUACGUUUCAAAGCAUAUAAAGCAGAGCAAAACCAUGGAAGUGCUAAACAAAAGAUUGAUGUGAGGACAGCAAUGGCUCUCAAGCGUGAGGGAAAAUGGGCAAAUUAUGGAAGGGACAUUGUUGGGAAUGUUCCUGGAGUUUAUAUCGGUGACCAGUUUCGGUUUAGAGCUGAACUUCCCAUUGUUGGCCUUCAUGGCACAUUUUAUUCUGGCAUACAUUAUGUGAAAAUUCAAGGAAAGAACUAUGCAACCAGCAUUGUGAAUUCUGGUCGUUACAAAAACCAAAGUAUAUCUCCCGAGAAUUUCAUAUAUGUUGGUCAUGGUGGAAACCCGCGCGUUGAUGGCAAGGAACCAGUGGAUCAAGAGCUCAAAUGUGGUAAUCUUGCCUUGAAAAACAGCAGAGAUAAAGGAGUACCCGUAAGGGUUAUUCGUGCAUGUUGCGUGCAGGAUGAAAACUCCAAUACCAAUAAUAAGCGAUACAUUUUCGAGGGGCUGUUUGAAGUGACAAAUUAUUGGCAAGAGAGAGCGCAACAUGGUAAAAUGGUAUUCAAAUUUGAACUGCAUAGAAUGUCGAACCAACCAAGCUGUACUCCCCAAAUGUCCGUCAGGCCAAGAAGGGUAGGAACAUGGUUUCAUCGUCAAACAUUAAAAGAGGGGAGGAGACCAUUUGGCAUAGGGAGACCCUUUUUGAAUGGCAAACGAACUCGUGGAGUUUUUAAGAGAUUACUGCGCUGCCGGGCUGUAGAUCAUGUUGUGGUUGAUGAUGUGUCUCGGGGAAAGGAAACCGUACCCAUUCGUGUUGUGAGUGAUAUAUAUGCUGAGAGACCCCUGCCAUUCUCUUACAUUGCAAACAUGAUAUAUCCACGUUGGUAUCAUCCUUGGGAGCCCCUCGGCUGUCACUGCACUAAUGGAUGCACUGAUUCCCGGGAUUGCUUUUGUGCAUUCAAGAAUGGCGGUGAGAUCCCAUAUAACACUCAACGAGCUAUCAUUAAGCCAAAGCCUGUUAUCCAUGAGUGUGGUCCAGCCUGCAAAUGCCCCCCUUCUUGCAGAAACCGAGUCAGCCAGCAAGGUAUUCAACACCACUUGGAAAUCUUCAGGAAGAAACCGAGCGGGUGGGGUGUUAGGUCUCGGGAUUACAUCUCAUCUGGGAGCUUCAUCUGUGAGUUUGUUGGAGAGUUGAUCGACAAGAAACAAGCUAAGCAAAGAAUUGAUCACCUUCAAUAUUUCUGUCCUAUUGCCAACUCAGAGAACCCUGCAUUCAAAGGGGACUCAAGCUCUGGAUAUAUGUAUGGUGAUGGUUACAUACUUGAUGCAGCAUGCUCGGGGAACGUGGCGAGAUUCAUCAACCGCAGCAGCUCCUCACCCAACCUGUAUGUACAAAAUGUGUUGUAUGAGGAUGAUUAUGAGUGUGUGCCUCAUAUCAUGUUGUUUGCUUGUAAGAAUAUACCCCCCAUGCAAGAGUUCACAUAUGACUACAACUGCAGUAGAUCCUUAGUUUCUUGCUAAUACACAUACAGAAUGGGCCCCAGGAAAGACCUGCAGAAUGUUGUCUACAUAUAGAGUAGACAUUCUUGUUUGUGUUCUUUUGUAUAUUAAUUUGGAUUGUAUGUAUUCUUGAUUAGCAGUGUGAAGUUUGGUUUCCAAACAUUCACAAUUAGGCUAAGGCUAAUUCAUGCCAGGUUCUGU